AUGGCAGGGCUGGGAUGGAUGCUCCUCUCACCCUCUUCUCAGCGGCUGUUCCACAAACGGGUGGCUGGGGUAAACUCGGCCCUCAUGGCAGAGGGAUUAGCUUUACUGGAGGCCUUUAAAUCAGGGACAAGUGAGCAGCUGAAGACGGUGGUGUUUGAGUCAGACUCUGCCCAUUUGAUCAGAUUCUUGAAGACCGGCGUUUGCAUACCAGAGCUCUAUGGAGUGACUGCAGAUAUCUUAUCCUAUGCAUCUGUUUUCGAUUCUGUUGUAUUUUCUUGGAUUUCUCGGGAGAGAAACACCCAAGCUGAUAGUUUAGCAAAGUUCGCUUUGAAUGUAUCUGACAAUAUGGUGGUUGAUGAAGCUUUUAUGGCUUCCAACUAA